GAUUGCAAUUUGAACUUUGAGAGACAGAAUUAAAAGCAGUAAUCAACAAUCAUUAUUCCCGAAUUAUCAUGUUCUUUUACAUGGAGAUAGGCCACACUAAGUUUUUUCUUCAUAGGCAUGUUCUUUCUUAUCUUUUGCAAAUUUCCUUGUCUUCGAGCUGAGUCCAGCUACAGUCAAAUAAUGAAAGCCAUUGUGAUUAGUGAACCGGGGGAGGCGGACGUUCUUGAAUUACAGGAGGUUGAUGAUCCAAUAAUCAAGGACGAUGAAGUUCUGAUCAAGAUUGUAGCCACUGCCCUGAACCAGGCCGACACGGUUCAGAGGAAAGGCUCUUAUCCCCCUCCCAAAGGCGCCAGUCCCUACCUCGGCCUCGAAUGCUCUGGGAUCAUCGAAGCUGUUGGCAUAAACGUCUCCCGCUGGAACAUUGGCGAUCAGGUAUGUGCUAUUCUUGCUGGAGGAGGAUAUGCUGAGAAAGUGGCUGCCCCAGCUGGACAACUACUUCCAAUUCCACUCGGUGUUUCAUUGAAGGAUGCUGCUAGUCUUCCGGAGGUCGCUUGCACCGUUUGGUCAACUGUGUUUAUGACGAGUCGAUUAUCGAGAGGAGACACAUUGUUGGUUCAUGGAGGCUCUAGUGGAAUUGGUACUUUUGCCAUUCAGAUAGCUAAAUACCAAGGAGCAAGAGUAUUCAUUACUGCAGGCAGUGAAGAGAAAUUAGCUAUCUGUAAAGAACUUGGAGCAGACGUGUGCAUCAAUUACAAAACUGAAGAUUUUGUUGCAAGAGUGAAAGAAGAAACAGAUGGAAAAGGCGUGGAUGUUAUUCUCGAUAGUAUUGGAGCCCCUUACUUUCAGCGAAAUCUUGAAAGCUUAAACUUUGAUGGUAGGCUUUUUAGUAUUGGAACCACAGGGGGAGACGUAACACAGCUAGAUUUUCGCAGUUUGUUUGCAAAACGCCUUACUGUGCAGGCUGCUGGCUUGCGAAACCGGUCUCCUGAAAACAAGGCAGUCAUUGUAAGUGAAGUUGAGAAGAUAGUUUGGCCGGCCAUUGCAGCAGGCAAGGUGAAGCCUGUGAUCUUCAAGUAUCUACCUCUGUCAAAAGCAGCAGAAGGCCACAAGCUGAUGGAGAGCAGCAAGCACAAUGGAAAGAUACUGCUGAGUCCAUGAUGGACAUGGAUUGUCAAAAGGCAAAGGUAAAAACAUGAUUGGUGAUUAACUUUUGGUUGAAGUUUAGUUUGAACUUGGUAGGUUCUGGCUUCACUGUUCCCUGUGGACCCCCCUAUAAUAAUACAUACUGAUGCUAGAAAGGGCAAAAGGGGAUGUCAUAAGAGACAGUUAUUUAGUGGAUUGUGUUUGUGUGGGCUUGUACAUACAUAGAUACAUACAUGUUGUUUGAGAAUUAAGGGUUUUUUUUUAUGGUGAUCGGUGGGAAUUCUAUUUGGGGUGUUGAAUUUUGUCGUGAGCAAAGAGUAGAGAGUUUUCUAGCACUCUCAAAGGAGCUAGUAUUGCUAGGCUACGCUUUUCCUUGAUCUGUAGUUCUUGUUGAACUCUUGUAUUGAGAAUGUUGUAUGUAUUGCAUAGCACUGGAUUUGGGUGUU